AUUAAAGUUGAUCGGUGGUUCCGUGUGUGUGCCUCGGACAUAAGUAGAUGCGGAUGGCAGGCAGCAUGCGGAGUCCCGAUAGAGAUAUAUGGCUGACACUGGCGCCUACAUCUCUCAGUGCCUGUCGUACGCACAUUCUCACAUCGCGUUCCAGCUAAGAAAAUUUAGGCGCCAUCACACAUUCAGUUUUAAACAGACCAGCGCGCUAUCCGGGUUGAAUUAUAAUACCUUACACACAUUCUUUAGUUUCAGCCUUCCGGAUUAUCCCUUUGUUCGCAAUCGGCCGCCAGAUUAUAAAAGCAGUUGUGUAGUUCAAAUGUGACUAAACAAACGCGACGACUAAUCUAGUGAACAGUGCGAUCUGAUGCUAUUACAAAAUCGUAGUACCAUGGCAGGAUCCGCGCUUCUUUUGACCAUCGUCGGGCUGUCCGUAAGCGUGCCAAAAUGCCCCAUGUGGAGGGAAAUUGCACCGUGCACCUGCAAACAGGAGAGCCAAAUCACCUCGAUCAAAUGCUUCAGCAGGAAUUACACGUACGACCAGAUUUCCGAAAAAUUCCAAGGACACUUUAAUCCUGCGAACCGAGUGCAUUUGUCCAUCGGCUUUGCCGACCUCAAAGACUUAAACUACAGGGCCUUUAAGGACCUCAACAUGACCAUCGAGCAUCUUAGGUUAAAUCACGACACUAUCGGAUUACCCAUCAACGAAGAAAGCUUCGAUGGAUUAAGUCAAGUUAAAUAUUUCAGUUUGGCUGAUAGCGUGCUAAACGAUGUACCUGAACAAUUAUGGAAGAAAAUGCCCAAUAUUGCUACUCUGGAUCUUGGAAGAACCCACAUUCAUUCUGUCACAUCCACAAAUUUCCAAGGAUUGGACUCAUUAGCGUAUCUUCUGCUGCCAGGAAAUCAAAUAUCCCGGAUGGAUAAGGAUUCCAUACCGUCGCAUUUGUCGACCCUUCAUCUGGGAAGAAACCACAUUAAGAUUCUAAACGGUACCCUCUUAAAUUUACCCAACUUGAACUGGCUACUUGUUAAUGCAAAUCAAUUGGAGACGUUGGAAAACGAGUUGCCAGUCGUAGCGCCAAAUUUACAAAUGAUACAUGCGGCGCAUAACUUUUUGGAUAAGUUACCGCAACAGUUGAAAACUUAUCCGAACUUGGAUACCUUAUUCCUCAACAACAAUAAAUUGACUUCUUUGGAUGGCGCUUUGUCGAAAUCUCGGAAGCUGCUGCGGUUGGUUUUGGAAAAUAACUACAUUAACACUAUCUGUGCGGAAGAUUUCGCCGAAACCGAAAUGUUAGAAAACCUUAUUUUAAGUCACAACGAACUGACCACGUUAAAUAAUUCCCUUCUCAACUUGAAAAACCUAAAAUAUCUGAACGUGACUUUCAAUCGUUUGACCGAAUUCUCCUUCCAAGAUGUGGUUGGUUUGGAAGAAUUAGGAAACAUAGACCUAUCGUACAACCAAAUUUCCAAAAUCCAAGGACCUGCAGCUGCAUUUCAGAAUUUGGUGGAGUGGAACAUUCAACUGCUAGAACUUAAAUUGGAUCACAAUUUGUUGGAAACUUUGAAUGGGGCUUUAUCCGGAUUGCCUUACCUGAUUAAACUUGACUUGAGCUUUAAUCAAAUAAAAAGCAUAUCGCCAGAUGAUUUGAUCGGACUGGAUCAACUUCAGUUCUUGGAUAUAUCAUACAACCAACUUACCACAUUGGAAGAAAUGAGCAAGACUUUCCUACCAAAAUUAUCCGAACUGAUCGCUAGUCAUAACAACCUGACCAUUUUAGAAAGAGAUUUCCACGGAUUGCCAGUUCUUUGUCAAGCCAAUUUUGAACAUAAUCAAAUUAUCGCCCUUGGAAGGGACUUGGUUGCCAAGACCAGAUGUCAAAUCGAUACUGGGGUUUAUGAAGGAACAUGGGAUACUUUAAAAAUUAACCUUCAAGAUAAUCCAAUUUUAUGUGACGCUGCCUUACCGGAAAUAAUGUCUCUAAUGGAAAUAAACCACACAAGAAUCUAUGGAACGACAAAAUCGUGUUUAACUUUAAGCGAGCAACCAACCACCAGCAAACCAAACGAUUUCUUAGGUUACAUUCCUGAACUCCCGCUACCACCCUCAGUGGAAGACCCAAGCCCAAUACAAGUGGAGAAAAAACCAGACACAAUCCCGGCAUUUCCGGUAUUCGACAGCAAACCACUUCCGCUUUUAAACGUCAACAACCUCCCAUUUCCUCCUGAAGUGGAGUUAACCAGAAACGAACAGUACACUGUAGCUACAGAAGAAACUCCUAGCAAUCAUCUGGAACCUUUGGCUUUAAAAACUCCGGAAAAUGACGUGCCAAUUAAUAGCAAUAUUUCUGAAGAAGCAAAUGUUAAAGUGGAGGUAAGCGGCGAAAAGGCUCCAAAUGUUCCUGUGGAAACGCCUCCACCUUCAGCUGUUGAAAUUUUCACAGAACCUAUGCCAACUCCUUUGCCUUUACAAGCGAGUGGACUAGAACCUAAUAGUACCAUUCCCAUGACACAAACCACUGAACUACUCGAUAAAAAUACAGAGGAACCUCGAAAGCCAUAAAUUGAUUAGAUUUAAUAAUUGCUCUUAGUUUUAAAAUUCAUUUAUUAUUUUUAUUAGUUGUAGAACAUAAAUUAUUACUAGUCAUUUAAUGAAAUUAAUGUAAAAUAAUUUGUUUAAUACAUAUUCUGGCUGAUAAAGCUAAAGUAUUUCUAUUUGUUAACAUUAGGACUUAUUUUACAUUAAGACUAGAUUGAUCUAUUGUAGAUGAUAAUAAUGUUUAAUCAGACAUAUCUUAACAUUUAUAGUUUGUGAUAAUGUUUUUAUAUGACAAAUAAUAAGUGCCAUAAAUUAGUUGAUGUAUUUUUACUAAAACUUGCAAAAUAGAAAAAUUUAGUAUGUAAAUAUUUACUUUAUAAUGGUCAUAAUUAAUUGUAGUAUUUUAAGGCAUUUAGAUUAAUAACAAAUACAUUGUUUUUUUAAUUAUAGAUUACAAAUAAAGUAUAUAUAUAUAUAUAUGUAAUAUUAACAUUUAGGUUUUGAAGGGAGGUAGUCUUACAUAAUGUGGAAGACUGGAUAGUAAUAACUUUUGUUUUGUUUUAAAAUUAUAUUAUUCAACAAUAAACAUACAUAAAAACUAGUUACCACUAUUAUUUAAUACCAGUUUAUCAUAAUAACAAAUAGCAGUACCCAAAAGG